AUGGAGAAGAUAUCGAAUCUGUUAGAAGACAAGCCAGUGGUGAUAUUCAGUAAGAGCUCGUGCUGUAUGAGCCACACGAUCAAGUCGCUUAUAUCUGGCUACGGUGCGAAUCCAACGGUGUACGAGUUGGACGAGAUGUCUAAUGGACCGGAGAUUGAAGGAGCACUGGAUGAGCUUGGGUGCAAACCGACCGUGCCAGCUGUCUUUAUAGGGCAACAGCUCAUUGGUGGUGCAAAUCAGCUGAUGUCUCUUCAAGUUAAGAACCAACUAGGUUCACUGCUCAGAAGAGCUGGAGCCAUAUGGGUUUAA